AUGGAGCCUGGGAAACUCUUGGAUCCCCCCUCAGACACAAUCAGCACUCCGGAAAACCACAAAAAUCCCAAUGAAUGCUCAGAGUGUGGGAAAUCCUUUUCUCUCAAAUCAGUGCUUUUUACUCACAAGAAGAUCCAUGUGGGAAGUGGAUCCAGUCAAGGUUUGGAGGGUGAGAAAUCCUCUGGAACAGACACCAAAGGUCUCAGAAACCCCCCCAAACUAAAACCCUAUAGAUGUAUAAAAUGUGACUUAUGCUUUCGUCGAAAGUCAGACCUUCUUACACAUCAGAAAAUCCACACAGGAGAGAAACCCUAUCAGUGUCUGGAAUGUGGGAAAUUUUUUUGUGAGAAAUCCACCCUCAGAAACCACGAGAGGCUUCACACAGGGGAGAAGCCUUACAAAUGUUGGGAAUGUGGAAAGAGCUUUUCUCAGAACUCAAGUCUUUGGCUCCAUGAGAAGGUUCAUGCAGGAAUAAAAUCGUACAAAUGCUUUGAGUGUGGGAAAUGUUUCAACCAGAGUUCAGGUCUUCGAACUCAUGAGAAAACACACAGAGGGGAGAAAAAGGAAAAGUGCCUGGAAUGUGGGAAAUGUUUUUCCCGGAAAUCAAACCUGAUGCGACAUCAGAGACUUCACACCGGAGAGAGACCCUAUGAAUGCCCAGAAUGUGACAAACGAUUUAUGUUUUCUUAUGAACUUCGGAGACACGAGGAGAGGCACAAAGGAGAGUUACGCUAUAAAUGUGGGGAGUGUGGGAAAAGUUUUAGUUUGCUAGGAGAGUUUCAGAUUCAUCAGAGAAUCCACACAGGGGAAAAACCAUACAAAUGUGGGGAGUGUGGGAAAUGUUUUUCGCAAAAACAACACCUUGGAAGUCAUCAGAGGCUCCACACAGGAGAGAAGCCAUACAGAUGCGUAGAAUGUGGAAAGUGUUUUACUCAAAAGGGAGACCUUUGGAAACAUCAUAAAACCCACACAGGGGAGAAGCCCUAUCAAUGCAACGAAUGUGGACGAUUCUAUCGUACCUCAUCCGCCCUUAAAAGUCAUGUGAAAAUUCACACAGGGGAAAAAAACUACAAAUGUUUAGACUGUGGGAGAACAUUUGCUCAUGCAUGUUCCCUCAGAAGCCACAGCCGAAUCCAUACAGGAGAGAAGCCCCAUAAAUGUUCCGAGUGCAAUAAAUGUUUUUCUCGGAAAGAUACUCUUGUGAUGCAUCAGAGAAUCCACACUGGAGAGAAACCAUACAAAUGUCUGCAGUGUGGGAAAUGUUUUGCCCAUUCUUCGUCACUUCGCAUACACACCAGAAAUCACACAGGAUAGUGGCCU